AGUAAAAAUAUUGUACACCGGGUACAUGCAAAUGGGAUUGUUUUUCUUAUGAUCUAGAUUGUGUAAUUAUUAGUGUAAAAAACUUCCCUUUCUUAUGAUCUAGAUUGUCUGAUUGUGUAAAAAAUUUCCUUAACAAUUUGUCAAUUUAUACAACUAUAGAAAAGUUAUAAAAAAAAAAAAAAAAAAAUCAACCUCUCAAACGGUCAGUCUAAUUUCUCAGCCUCCUCUCUCUCUCUCUCCAAUCCCCGCUACACGCUUCAGCCAAUCUCAAGAUCACAACGGCGGAGACUCAGACGCGAGAGAGAGAGGCGGAGAGAGAAACUCACCUUCGCGCUACUUCUCCACUUUCCAUUUUUUCUCUCUCUUCAAUUCUUCUUCAUUUUCCCCAAUUCAAUUUCCCCAAUUCUCAAACCCUAAUUUACUCCUUCAAACCACUUCCCACGCUACUACGCUCUUCGUAAUGCAUAAUUAGAUUCAUUCACUUGAAUCCAAGGUUGUAGAUUGUCAAAUUGGGGGUAAUAAUGGCGGAAUUAGGGCAACAAACGGUGGAGUUUUCGACACUGGUGAGCCGUGCGGCGGAAGAUUCGUUUAUUUCUCUUAAGGAAUUGGUUGAGAAAUCUAAGUCUUCUGAUAUGUCUGAUUCUGAGAAGAAGAUUAAUCUUCUUAAGUUUAUUGUUAAGACUCAGCAGCGUAUGUUGCGGCUUAAUGUUCUUGCUAAAUGGUGUCAACAGGUUCCGUUGAUACAAUAUUGUCAACAACUUGCAUCCACUUUAUCUAGCCAUGAUACAUGUUUCUCACAGACAGCGGAUUCACUAUUUUUUAUGCAUGAAGGGCUCCAGCAAGCACGUGCACCUAUAUAUGAUGUGCCAUCAGCAAUUGAAGUCCUUCUUACUGGAUCGUAUGAGCGUUUGCCUAAAUGUAUAGAAGAUGUGGGCAUGCAAAGUUCCUUGAAUGAGAUCCAACAAAAGCCAGCUUUAAAAAAGCUAGACAUUCUUGUGCGGUCGAAAUUGGUUGAGACUUCACUUCCGAAGGAGAUAUCUGAGGUUAAAGUUUCAGACGGUACAGCACUUUUACGUGUAGAUGGGGAAUUUCAGGUGCUAGUUACUCUUGGUUACAGAGGUCACUUGAAUUUAUGGAGGAUAUUACAUAUGGAGCUUCUUGUUGGUGAGAGAAAUGGGGCCAUAAAGCUUGAAGAGUUGAGACGAUUUGCUCUGGGGGAUGAUUUAGAACGAAGAAUGGCUGCAGCAGAUGAACAACAAAAUCCAUUUAUGAUAUUGUACUCAGUUCUGCAUGAGUUUUGUGUGGCGCUGGUCAUGGAUACUGUUAUAAGACAGGUCCAUGCUCUUCGUCAGGGAAGAUGGAAAGAUGCAAUUAAGUUUGAACUUAUCUCUGACGGUAGCACAACGCAAGGAGGGAGUGCUUCAGCCACACAAAUAAGUCAGGAUGGAGAAUAUGAGACAUCUGGUCAACGCACUCCAGGGGUGAAGAUUGUUUAUUGGUUGGAUUUAGAUAAGAACUCUGGUACGUCUGAUGGCGGAAUAUGCCCAUUCAUCAAGAUUGAAUCAGGUCCUGAUCUGCAGAUCAAAUGUAUACAUAGUACAUUUGUAAUAGAUCCAUUAACAGGCAAGGAGGCCGAGUUUUAUCUAGAUCAGAGCUGCAUUGACGUGGAAAAGUUGUUGCUUAAAGCUAUACGAUGCAACAGAUAUACACGUUUACUUGAAAUUAAUAAAGAGCUUACUAAGAAUGGUCAAAUUUUUCGAGGCACUGGUGAUGUUCUCCUACAGGGUAUCAUGGAUGAAAUUGGUGUGGACCAUAAGAAGAAAGAUGCAGCGUCUGUUGCAAGGGAAUCUGAUGGACAAGAAGUACUAUAUGUGCGUGCUUACGGUUCAUCAUUUUUUAUUCUUGGAAUUAACAUAAGAAAUGGACGUUAUCAGCUACAGUCGUCCAGAAAUAUCAUAACUCCGUCAGUAUUGUCAGAUUCCGAAGAUUCUUUAAACCAGGGAUCUCUCAGUGCUGCUGAAAUUUUUAUUAAUUUGCGGAGCAAAUCCAUUCUUCACUUGUUUUCAUCGAUCGGCAAGUUCUUGGGCCUUGAGGUGUAUGAAAAUGGUUUUUGUUCGGUGAAGGUUCCAAAAGAUAUCUUAAUUGGUGCAGGCUUUUUGUUGAUGGGAUUUCCUGACUGUGGCAGUUCAUACUUUUUGCUUAUUCAAUUGGAUAAGGAUUUUAAAAUUGUCUUUGAAUUGGUUGGAACACAGCCAGAACAACCUGGUAAAUCGAACAACCUUGUUGCUGGGCGUGUUAAAAGAAUUGAUGUAGGUCAGAUGCAGAUGCUUGAAGAUGAAUUGAAUUUGAGCAUUCUUGAUUUAAGAAAAGUGGGAGCUGGAAGCCACAAUCAGCCUUCUAAUUUUGGUCUGGUGUCUAAUUAUAGUCACGAGGGGUUGAUGCCAGUUACUCUUUGUCCACCGCCAUCAAGUUUUUCCUCUAUCGUCGAUGAAAUCUUUGAGCUUGAGAAAGGAACAUCUGCUCCUCAUUCUGUUUCUAAUGUUUCCUCAUCAAUUAGUACAUCUGCUGCUUCUCAUUUGGGCUCUGUACCUAUGAAUCUCCACUCUUCUAGAGUUGGAAUUGGUUCAUCAACACAGGAGGAAAAUGCCCAAAUGUCACAGAUCAAUCCUGCUAUCAAAUUUUCACCCCACUAUAGUGGUUCCUUAUAUUCAGCAGCCAAUGUCAAAGGAUUAAGUCAGUCAACUUCUGUUAGUUCACUAACUUUUGCUCAGCAGAGAAAUAGUGCAACACAGAAACUCUCAGUUUCCAAGUCCGAGCAGGACCUUGCUUCUCUUAGGUCACCGCAAUCAGUGGAAGUUAGUUCUUUUAGGUCAAUGGAUGAAGAUCAUUUGAGGUCUGUUAAUGGAAAAUCACAAGAUGCAAUCUCUAGUAGGUCAUGGCGAAUUUCGUCUCUACAAUCCACUGGCGUCCGUGCAUCAGCGUCUGAUGCUAAUGGAAUUGCACUUAAAUCCUGGGCUGCUACUCCCAUAUAUGCAGGUUGCAGAACUGCUUCAGAACAUGAUAAGGAUUCUAGAAAAAGGAAAGUUUCAGAUAUGCUGAAUUCGUUACCAUCACUUUGGGGUCUUGUUGAUGGAGUUUCUAAGCGGAGAAAAUUAUUGAAUGACCAGCAUUCAGUUAACUCUGAUAUCCCAUUGAAUACAAUUUGUAAUCCUGAAGGAUACACUUAUGGUGAUCUCUUAGCUGAAGCAAACAAGGGAAAUGCACCUUCAGGUGUAUAUGUAUCAGCACUGCUCCACGUGGUUAGGCAUUGCUCUCUUUGUAUCAAGCAUGCCAUGCUAACUAGUCAGAUGGAGGCUCUAGACAUUCCAUAUGUUGAAGAAAUAGGUCUUAGAAAUGCAACUGUAAACAUUUGGUUUAAGCUACCAUCUGCUAGGGGAGGUUCAUGGCCACACAUCUGCUUACGUCUUGGAAAACCAGGAAGCUUGUGUUGGGAUGUGAAGAUUAAUGAUCAACAUUUUCGAGACCUGUGGGAACUUCAGAAAGGAAGCAGUAAUACACCGUGGGGAAAUGGUGUUCGCAUAGCUAAUACAUCUGAUGUAGACUCUCAUAUCCGUUAUGAUUCUGAAGGAGUUGUUCUUAUCUAUCAUUCCGUUGAAAUGGAUAGCAUUAAGAAGCUUGUAGCAGACAUUCAUCGGCUCUCCAAUGCAAGAAUGUUUGCACUUGGAAUGAGAAAAUUGCUAGGUGUGAAGACAGAAGAGAAGCUAGAGGAAGGUGCCAAUUCUGAUUGCAAAUCAGUAGUUGGAGCUAAGGGUUCUAUUGAUGGAGUGGACAAGUUCUCUGAACAGAUGAGGAGGGCAUUCAGAAUCGAAGCAGUUGGGCUCUUGAGUCUCUGGUUUAGUUUUGGUUCUGGGGUCCUGGCUCGUUUUGUUGUUGAGUGGGAAUCUGGAACAGAAGGAUGCACAAUGCAUGUUUCACCAGAUCAGCUUUGGCCUCAUACCAAGUUUCUUGAGGAUUUUAUAAAUGGAGGUGAAGUAGCAUCCUUGUUGGAUUGCAUUCGCCUCACUGCUGGACCUUUACAUGCACUUGCUGCAGCAACAAGACCUGCUCGAGCUGGUCAAGCUGCCAUUAUUCAGGGAGUUGGCUCUACCGUGUCGGCUUCAUCCAGACUAGGGACUUAUGCUUCAGCUCUAGGAGCUCCUCCUAGUGGCCUGUCACCCAGUGUGGGUGGUCAAGGAAUUGCUGGUUCUGCAGGAAAUUCUGUUGCAUCUGCCGCAGCAGCUGCUGCUGCUCUUGGAAAUCAUGCAGGUGUCAUGUUGGCUGCUGCUGGCAGGGGUGGUUCAGGCAUUGUUCCCAGCUCAUUGUUGCCUAUUGAUGUUUCUGUUGUGCUACGGGGACCUUAUUGGAUAAGAAUAAUAUACCGGAAACAUUUUGCAGUUGAUAUGCGAUGCUUUGCAGGAGACCAGGUUUGGCUUCAACCUGCCACUCCACCAAAGGGGGGCCCUUCUGUUGGAGGAUCAUUGCCCUGCCCUCAGUUCAGACCUUUCAUCAUGGAACAUGUUGCUCAGGAAUUGAAUGGUUUGGAACCAAAUUUUGUUGGUGGACAACAGACUGUUGGACUUUCAAAUUCCAGCAAUCUAACUUCAGGUUUAAGUCCGCCACUAACUUCUGUGAAUGGAAGCAGAGUUAAUCUACCAAGUACUUCUGGGCUUUCUAGGCCAGGAAACCAAGUUUCUGCUAUGAAUCGUGCUGGAAAUCCUCUAACCGCACCAUCAAACAUGCCUGCAGCUGGUCCAGGAUUGUCUUUACGGAGAUAUCCUGCUGCAGGUGGCGCUGCUCAUGUUAGAGGAGAACUGAAUACUGCUAUUAUUGGCUUAGGCGAUGAUGGUGGAUAUGGUGGUGGUUGGGUUCCACUUGUUGCUCUUAAAAAGGUUCUAAGAGGAAUUUUGAAAUACCUUGGGGUUUUGUGGCUCUUUGCACAGUUACCUGAUCUUUUAAAGGAGAUCCUUGGUUCAAUAUUAAAAGAAAAUGAAGGGGCGUUGUUGAAUUUGGAUCAAGAGCAGCCAGCCUUGCGCUUUUUUGUGGGGGGCUAUGUGUUUGCUGUUAGUGUCCAUAGAGUUCAGCUUCUUCUGCAAGUUUUGAGCGUGAAGCGCUUCUCUCAUCAACAGCAGCAGCAGCAGAACUCGGCUUCUGCCCAAGAGGAGUUAACACAAUCUGAAAUUAGUGAGAUAUGUGACUACUUUAGCCGUCGUGUUGCAUCAGAGCCAUAUGAUGCGUCACGUGUAGCAUCAUUUAUCACCCUUCUUACAUUGCCAAUCUCUGUUUUAAGAGAGUUUUUGAAACUUAUUACAUGGAAAAAAGUUAUGUCCCAAUCUCAAGGUGGAGAUGUGGCACCUGCUCAAAAGCCUCGUAUAGAAUUGUGUCUUGAAAACCAUGCUGGUUUGAAUAUGGAUGGGAUUUCGGGAAAUUUAUCUGCUACUAAAAGUAAUAUCCAUUAUGAUCGGCCCAACAACUCAGUUGAUUUUGCUCUAACUGUUGUUCUUGAUCCAGCUCACAUACCUCACAUUAAUGCUGCUGGUGGUGCUGCUUGGUUACCAUAUUGUGUGUCAGUGAGGUUAAGAUACUCUUUUGGAGAUAACACGGCUGUUUCCUUUCUUGGUAUGGAAGGAAGCCAUGGAGGUCGUGCCUGUUGGUUGAGAGUUGAUGAAUGGGAAAAAUGUAAACAGAGAGUGGCUCGUGCCAUAGAAGUUCCUGGAUCUUCACCUGCAGAUAUUGCUCAAGGGAGGCUAAGACUAGUUGCCGAUAAUGUCCAAAGGGCAUUACAUUUGUGUUUGCAGGGACUAAGGGAUAGUGGCGCUGGAGUUCCUGGAACUUCUGGAGCCUCAUGAUUUCUAAAUUUUUUUUCUUAUCGUGAUAAUUCUUGCAUGCCUUUUUCUCUUUUAUAUUUUUAUUUUUUUUGGGAAUCUAUAGUUUUGGUUUAAGAUAUUAGACAGAGCAAAGGUUGGUGCACAACUUAUGGUGUUCAACAAAUCAAGCUAGCAGAUUCUUUGAUCCUCGGUCGAAGCAGAAUUGAUAUGCUGGUGGCUGAGUUUCCUGGAUCUGCUUGCAAAGUGUAGUUUAUUACAAUGCCUUGCUUCAGUAGCAGCUAACCUGAAGAUGCAUGAAGAUCUAUGAUUUGUCAUAGGAUGUAAUGAUGUAUCAUAAUUUUGAGAUUGCCAUAUGUAAUCUGACAAAGCUUAAAUUAGGAAUUAGUUCAUCUUGUACAGAAUAGUCACAGGGCUAGAAUUUAUGUAAAGGAAUAGUUGGAAUUGCUUGGUGUAUUUGUUAUAAGUACAUACCUAAAUUUAAUCUAAUGGCCACAAAUAGUGCUUA